AUCUUCCGGUUCCGGUUCCUCUUCCUCCUCCCCACGCUGUUCUGCCGCCAUGCUCAGGCUUCUCUCCCGGGUUGUCUCUUCAUACUCUCGCCUGGGCUCGCGGGCUGUCCCGCCGCCGUUCCCCUCCACGUUAUGGGCGGAGGGUGCCAGCGGCGGGACCCCGGGGAUCCGCGGCCUCACCCGCUCCAUGUGGCUGCUCUGUAGUUCGGCCUCGGGCCGCGGGCCGCUCGGUUCCAGCCGCCUCCUCAACGGCCUGUCCUGUGGCUGCGGGGCCCUGCACACCGAGGGUGACAAAGCAUUCGCAGAAUUCCUCACUGAUGAAAUCAAGGAGGAGAAGAAAAUCCAGAAGAGCUCGACCCUGCCGAAGAUGUCGGGAGGCUGGGAGAUUGGGCUGAAUGGGACGGAAGCAAAACUUGUACGAAAAGUUGACGGUGAAAAGGUUGCAGUCUCCUUUAAUAUCAACAAUAGUAUUCCACCAACAAUGGAGGAGGAGCCACAGGAAGGACAGAAGGGUGCAGAGAAUGAGCCUGAAAUCAUCUCAACCCCAAACUUUGUUGUGGAAGUGACCAAGCUAUCAAAUAACCAGAACCUGGUGUUUGACUGUCAUUAUCCCGAGGAUGAGGUUGGACGUGGCGAUGAGGACGACAGUGACAUCUUUGCCAUCAGAGAGGUUAGCUUUCAGCCCGCUGCUGAAGACGAUUGGAAAGACACCAGCUAUACCCUUAACACAGACUCCCUCGACUGGGCCCUCUAUGACCAUCUGAUGGACUUUCUGGCUGACCGUGGGAUUGAUAACACUUUCGCUGAUGAACUCGUUGAGCUGAGCACAGCCUUAGAACACCAGGAGUACAUCAAGUUCCUUGAAAAUUUGAACAGUUUUAUCAAGUGCUAAUAAUUAUUGUAUAUAAUUAUCAUUGUCUCCAGGCCUUCUGGCAAAGAUUGCUUUGUGAUGGUAAUGUUUGUGUCCAAUGGCAGAAUGAGCCUGGACUUUAAAUUAUUUUACAAUAGAUUUUGUACAAAAAGAUAUUCUCUGGUACUGAACUGCUCUCUGUAAUGAGCAUUCAUCCAUAUAUUAUGUAUAAAGUAGUUUGGGAUGCUGAAAUAUCCAAAAUGAAGUCUCUGAAUUGUACACUAAUUAUGGAAGUGUUAAGUGUGUGAACAGUGGCCAGAUUAUUUUCACUUCAUGAUGUCACGAACCUCAAAUGUUCCCUAGAAAAAUGAAGGCUUGAUUAAACAUGUCGGAAGUGGCUUCCCCUGAUUUCUUGGGUUGAUGUUGAGUGGAGAGGGAGGGUAAAUGUAUUGGCUUCUACUGCAACACGCUUUGUCAGCUCAGUAAUCAUAGUGAGUGACAAUACUGUCUUAUUUUGCAAAACAAAACAGCAGCAGAAGAAGCUUUCUGGUCUUGCAGUUUCUAGAUUCCUGGAAAUGGCUGCUGUGUAAAAGUGCCUGAUUGUUAUAAGGGCUCAUUUAUAACUUGGUGAGUUGGGACAUUUGUUCUGCAACUUUACUCAACAACUGAUUCCAAUAUGGCCUUUUCUAUUGCAUCCAUAAAUUCUUGAAAUGGAAUUUAAUGAUUUGAAAAAUGUUAAAGGAUAUGGGGAGCAAGGAGUGUGGGAUUAAAGAAAGACAGGCAGACUUGCAUUUAUAUAGUACCUUUCAUGACCUCAUGAUACCCCAAGUGCUUAUAUUUUUUUUCAAAGUGUAGUCACUAUUAUUGGAAACAGUUUGUGCACAGUAAGCAAUAAUGUAAUAAAAGCUGGUUAUUCUGCGUGA